CUGAGUGUUUCUGUGCAGGGAGUCAUAAUGAGCCUGAAUGACAGCGAAGGUGUCAUCAGGUCUGACGAACACGGGGAUCUUCCCUUCGACAUCAAAGAAAACUUCAGCGACGUUGAGUUCACAGCUGAGGACAUCAAUGAGGAAGUCGAGUUCACUGUCAUCACGCUGAAGUCAGGGAAGCGGGCUGUUAGGAUCUGCCGGGUGAAGGAGCCGCUCCUCCUGACGCUCUGCACCGCCACAGCAGCCGCAGCCUCUGAGCAGCCAGACGCUAACGCCUCUUCAAAUGGGAAGGAUAACUCUUCCUCCAUGCCUGCAAAGGGGAAGACCGAACAGGAGGUGCCUCCAAACAUGAUGCUCGACCCGGAGCUGUAUGAGGGCAUCGUGAGCCAGCCCAUCAUUGAGCCCACUGCCACUUUGCCAGGUUACCCGGGUCAGAUCCACGCCAAUAUCGGCCCAGUCAGAACCAAUGUGACUUUUAACCACCGGGACUGCGGUGUGACACUGCUGAAGAAUGACCAUGUGUUGAUCAACCUCCUGAUCGAUAGAGUGACGAGGAAGAGGAGAGCGGCGAACAUCAAACCCAAAAUCCCCUUCACCUUCAGCUACACCAAGGAGACUCGGGAAAUGGGUGUCAUCACCUUUUUGGGACCUAAAGAAGGCAUUUUGAGCUCAGAAAAUCACGGUGAGCUUCCCUUUGAUGUCUGUGAGAACUUCAGCGACUCAGAGUUCAACUCCAAUGACAUCGACAAAGAUGUUGAGUUCACACCAACCAUUGAAAAAGGGAACAAGAAAGCAAUACGGUUACGAAGAAUAAAAAGGAUGGAGGACAAAAUCUUGGAGGAGCAGAAAAAACGUGAGGAGGAGGAAAAAAGGAAGAAAUGGGAGGAGGAGGAGAGGAAGAGACAAGAGGAGGAGAAGGAGGCAGAGAGAAAGAAGAAGGAGGAAGUGGCAGCAGCAUUGGCUGCCGCGAAAGGCAAGUGGACCCCACUUGGCUUCUCAUUAAGAGACCCACACUCGCUGGAUGACGUCAGCAAGGAGAGAUUUGAUGGCACCGUCCUUAGGGCCAUUUCCAAACAUCCACCUAAAGUGAUCAAAAAGGAGCCAGUAGACCACCAAGCAGGAGGCGGUGCUCAGGAGGAAAAGGUUUUAAUUAAAGUUGAGGAAAUUGAUGAUGAGGCGCAAGUAACGGAGGUUAAAUGUGCCAAGGAUGGAAAUAAGGCAGGACAGUCGUCUGUGAAGGAGGAAGAAGAGGAGCUGAAGAAGAAUCAGAGUGAUAGAGCUGCAGAUGUGGGUCGACUCGUGAUGACGGUCGAUGGUGAACAGAAACAACUUUCCUUUGAACCCAAAGAUCUGCUGACCACAGCCACCAUGCUGGACGGAGACAAGGUACGCUUUAACAUUGCCACCCACCGGGAGACCAAAGAAGAGCGAGCAACAUAUGUGGAAAUUCUGCCUGCCUCCUUUGAAGAGUCUAUUGAGCAGCGCCGAAACGGCAUUGUGAUUGAGUUCUCAGAGGACUCUGGGCUCAUCAAGUGCUCCCAGAACCCCCAGCUUUACUUCCAUAUGUCAGAGGUUAUUGAGAAGAAGAAGCUGGAGCUGAACGAGAAGGUUGAGUUUAGCGUUGUCCCGCAUGAAACAGCGGAUGGUGGACACCAGGCCAUCAGAAUUAAACGUUAUACAGAGAGCGUUUUUUUCCCUGUUCGCAAACUUUGUGGUGUCGGUGCAAACAAAGGAAAGAUGACCAUCAAGCUGACAAAGCCUUCAGAAGACACAGAGAAAGAAAACCCUGAGACGGACAAGUUAAAAGCAGUGGUUAAAAGUCUUCGAGCACAGGACAACAAGACCCGUAUGAGCAGACGGGAUUGUAAUGAUACUCGACGUAGAUAUGGAUGGAGCAGAAGUAGGAGCAGAAGUAAGAGUAGAAGCAGAAGUAGGAGUAACAGUAGGACCAGAAGUCCUCCUAGAGACCAGUUUGGGCGUGUCAUCAAAAGGAGACGUAGCAUUAGCAAUGAGAGAGAGCACAAAAGCAGCAGGCAUAAGCAAAGCCGAAGCAGAGAGCAGUCGCACAGACGCACCAGGAGUCGCAGUCGAAGCCUAGGCAAGAGCCGUAGCAGAAGCCGCAGCAGGAGCAAAGAUAGGAGCAAAGACAAGCCCAGCAAAGGGAGCCAAGCUAGCAGAGACCGUGACGACUCUCUUAAAAGGAGAAAGGACUUGAGUCCUCCUCCCAGAAGGAGUGGAACAAUGGACGACGAGCUUGCAAGAAAGAAGCGUGAACUUGAAGAACUGAAUGAGAUGAUUGCCUAUAAAAAAUCACUGGUGGAAAUAGAUCCCAGGGGACUGGACCCUGGACAGAGAACUUGCAUAGACUAUGACCAUGGCAGGAUUGCUGUCCCGCUCACAGAGUACAGACCUGUCCGCUCCAUCCUCAAGAAACGACCUGAGACACCAGAGUACCACCGUCACCCUUCUCAAUCAUAUGAUGAUCAUUAUUAUGACCAGCCAUACAGUCAGUAUCCAGAUCGGCGCUAUAGUAAUCGCUAUGGUGAUUCGUACACAAGCCGCUCCUACCCUGAUCGCACUUACACUAAACGAGCAUAUGAAAGUCCUCACUAUGGUGAACCUCCCUAUGGUGGCCCGACUUCCAUCUGCCGUUAUACUGAUCGCUAUGAUGUUUACGACGAACCCUAUGAUGACAGCCACUAUGAACCAGCAUAUCGGGACCAACCUUAUAAUAAUCCAUAUCAGCCUCUACAGAAACAGAAUCAUUCCCAUGAACCACCUUCACAGUCAGGCCGGGUUCUAGCCUCAGCCCAACCUCCCCUGAACCAUAGUGCUGCAACUUUACCUUCCCAAGCCCCUUUUAAACCACCUUCUCCCACAGAUUCACCACCUACAAGUUCUUCUCCAAAACUGAAAAACAUGUCUCCAGCUGAGAAACCACCACUGGACCGUUUUCUUGACAUGCUUAAUAAGAAAGUAGAUUCUGGAAGAACAUUGGAAUCAGUUCAGGUUAAUGAUGAUCUUCUGCCUCAUGAGCGGGCCCUUCAAGAUGGUAGGGGCUUCUCACAGAUUGUGGGAUUGACGCGAGAGCAACCCAGUGUAAGUCAGUCUCUAAAAGGAGAAAGUAUUCAGCUAAGCCCUAAACAGUACCCACUUGAUGGAAAAAGUAAAGAACCAAAAAGCACAAGAGAACCCUAUGACAAGAUCCAGAGUCUGCUCCGUACAAUUGGUCUGAAGCUGAGUACAGGGGAUGCUUCAAAACUGGCCGGGCGAGGCCAUGACAAAAUCAACGAUCCAAAGUCCUCAUCCACAGAAAGAAGCACUGUGUCAUUUGAAAGAGAAGAGCUACGGACAAGUAGAACUGGGUCAGUGGAAUCGGACCACGUCCAUUCCCCCUCCCCUGUUAGGUCCUCUAGUUUGGAGCCGCUCAGUAGGCAUAGGCCUAUCUCACAUUAUGAAGGAUUUCUGGAUCAGGAGGAGCUGAAGGAACUAAAGAAGGCACAACAGCUGCAGAGUUUUACAAAAACAAUGGCGAGUGUCCCCUCAACCAUUCCUCCUGUAAAACCCCUUCCUGGUCCUCCACUUGCUUAUUAUCAAAACCCACAUCCCUCAGUCAACUGGCCCCUAGGAAUUGCCUCAGCACAGGGCUCCCCUUCCUCCAACAUGACCACUUCUGCACCUGAUCUACAACUCCAGAGAUGUGUGCCUCCAGUACAUCCACCUGGACCUCCUACACGAUGUCCUGGACAGUCUCCUCCUGGACCUCCACCUCAGUGCCCUACUGGACAUCCUUUAUUCACACAAUCCUCCAGUUCUCCAGUUGUACCUUUUGUUAGCCAGUCUCCUACAGCUUCAUCUGCUAAAACCAUUCAACUGCAGUCUAUAACUACUGCAGCAGAACCACUCCCACCGCCAUCUUCAGCAACAUCAGGAACUGCAAGCGUUGACCAGAUGGCAAUCUCCACAACUGUGGCCAGAUGCCUUAAGGUCAUAGAGACUGUGAAAUCUCUAGCUGUGCAGCCACCAGCGAAACCAGCCAAAUCAGUCCAAUUUAGCCUCCCCACAGAAUCUCCAUUGGACUCCAGUCCUCAGACCACAACAGAGUCAGAUGAUGAUGUGAAGAUUAAGCAGAAUGAGAAGCUGGAUUUGUUUAACCGUACAGCUCUGGAAAAACAGGAGUUCCAGGAGAUGUUAGCCGACAGGAAACAAGGAGAAAAUGGCACCGAUGGCACACGUUCAUCUUCAGGAACACCCUUCAGUAGUGGACCCAAGAACGUUUGGAUUUGUGGUCAUUCGCUAGUGUAUUGGGCUGAGUCAAGAGCUAAGUCCCCGGAGGUAGGUAUGCUACUAGGCAUGGACCCCAGCAAGGUGGCCAUCUGGUGGAAGGGCACCCAGGGCAUGACAUGGUCGCAGCUUUUGUCCCAGCUCCACCAGCUGAAGGUUACCUGGCCUAACCCAGAUGUUCUCAUCGUACACCUGGGUGGGAACGACUUGAGCACAGAUAGUCCCACUGAUCUGCUGGCCUCUGUCAAGAAGGAUCUCACCUCCAUCAAGAGCAUCUUCCCUCAGUGUGUCCUUGUGUGGUCCAAUAUCCUACCACGGAGGGUGUGGCGCCACUCCACAGACAGCCAUGAAGUCGAUUUGGUCCGGACUACUGUUAAUCGUAGAAUUCAGAAUGUCGUCUCAGAGCUGGGUGGCACCUCGUUGACCCAUGACAACAUCCGAUGUGGCUCAAACACUGGCCUAUAUAGAGCUGACGGUGUCCAUCUGUCACAAAAAGGCAUAGACACUUUUAAUCUGAACCUUCAAGAUUUUUUGGAGAAGUGGGAGGUGGAGGUGAACAAGGCUUCUGAAAAAGAUUAAAGGUUUAGGAGCGGUUUCCUGCCAUUUUUAUAUUGUCAUUUAUUGUCAAUUGUUAAUGAUAGCUGCCAGUCGCCAUUUAAUUAAACAUAUAGAAGUGGUGUGUGCAGAUUUAGCUCAGUGGAAAACAUUUAUCAGACUUAAACACCAAAUGCUGUUUAAACUAUUCUGCUGUUGCAUCUCUCUUUCUUCCCAAUCAGUUUUCUGUCUCAACCUUUAAAUAAACAUACUGAUAAAUACA